AUGCCUGGUCGCGUAGCUCGUGGUGGUCGAACGGCGGUCUCGCGCAAGACUUCUGCCCGCACCAGCUCUCCCAGCGCCGAUGUACCAGAUGAAGGACGUCUCACAUCGCUACGACGCGCCAUCUGUAUCGUGUUUGCCGAUGCGCAGAAGAGCACAGCUGGACAUCGCAAGGCAGUCAUCAGUCUACGGAAGAUCCAGGAAGCGUGUUGUUAUGAGCCAGUCAACUACAAGAAGGGCAAGCAGAGCGAGGAUUUCGAUGAAGCAGAUUUUAAUGUGGAAGUCACGAGAUGUGUGUUGCGUAUACUGGCUGUGAGGAAGGCGGAGCCCGUGGGUGAUCGUGUAGUCAGGUUCUUGGGCACGUAUUUGAAUGUGGCAAGUGCGAAGGAUGCCGAGAUUGCCGCGGCGGGGCAGGAGACGGAGAUGGAGAUCGAUGGCGCGACUGUGCCCGAGACUCCUACGAGCAGGCUUACCACCAGUAUCCUGAGCACCUUGCUGCCACUACUCAACACCAAGGACAAGACGAUUCGAUUCCGGUCAACCCAGAUCAUUAGUCAUAUCAUCAAUAGUCUGGACUCACUGGACGACAACCUUUUCCACAAGCUGCGAUUAGCACUUCUCAAGCGGAUACACGACAAGGAGGCGCCGGUGCGAUUACAGGCUGUGUAUGGUCUUGGGAGGCUGGCUGCCGAGGUAGAUGACGACACGAAGCAGGAUGAUUCGGAUGAAGAGGAAGAUGAUGUCGGCGCCGGAGUGCUGGCGAAGCUUCUGAACAUCCUGCAGAACGACCCUGCUGCAGAAGUGAGAAGAAAUCUGCUACUGAAUCUGCCGCUCACGAAAGAAGUCCUCCCAUAUCUGCUUGAGCGUGCACGAGACGCCGACGCCUCGACGCGGAGAGCGCUGUACGCACGCCUCCUGCCUGCACUUGGCGACUUCAGACAUCUCAGCUUGACACAUCGGGAGAAGCUUCUGCGGUGGGGUCUAAGAGAUCGUGACGAGAACGUUCGCAAAGCUACAGCACGAUUAUUCCGCGAACGCUGGAUCGAAGACUGCGCAGCACUACCAGCCGAGCAAGCAGCAGAACAAGAAGGCGAGGCGCCAAAAGCAGUCAAUCAAGCCGCAGAUCCUUCACUAGACGCACUGCUCGAGUUGUUGGAACGCAUCGACAUUGUCACUUCUGGUGGAGAUGGUGGCAUCGCACUCCUAGCCAUGAAGGAGUUCUGGUCCGGACGCCCUGACUACAUCGAUUAUGUCUCCUUCCCUGACAACUUCUGGGAGGACCUCUCACCCGAACUGGCUUUUGUCGCACGGACGUUCAACGACUACUGCCGUUCAGCAGGCAAGGAGGAUGGAUAUGAGGGGCCAAGAAUGCUCGAUGGUAUGAUCGAGGAUAAAUUGCCUGAGGUCACCAAGUUUGGCUUCCUGCUCGAGCGAGAAAUUGCUAAGCUCAUACAAUCAGUGCAGCUUGCGGCCAUUGGCGAAGAUGAGGAGGCGGAGGAAGAGUGUGUGCAGAGGGAGUUUGUGGUGGAGCAGAUGUUGUACAUGGCCGCCACAUUCGACUACUCGGACGAAGUGGGCAGGAGGAAAAUGUUCGGUCUUCUACGAGAGGCUCUCGCCAACCCGGAGCUACCUGAAGAAGCUACACGGCUCGUAGUCGACGUGCUACGACUCGUCUGUGGUGUCGACAGGAAAGGCGAGCAAGAGUUCUGUCGUGUGGUUGUGGAGGCUGCGGGCGAGGUUCAUGAUGUGAUUAUGGACGAGGAUGAUACGGCGGAAGUGAGUAGUGUGGAGGAGAGCUUCCAUUCCGCUACUGAGGUCAUUGAGGAAGAUGAGGAUGGGACACCGGUGCAGAAGAGCAAGAAGAAGAAUGGGAAAGAAUUGACGGAAGAGGAGCUGGAGCAGAAGGCUAUCAGGGAGAUCGUGGUGAAUAUGAAGUGCCUUCACAUCGCCCUCUGCAUGCUGCAGAAUGUUGGGUGUGAGCUCGAAUCAAACGCCCAUCUAGUAACACUUCUAAACACCCUCAUCGUCCCCGCCGUUCGAUCCCGCGAAGCCCCAAUCCGCGAACGAGGCCUCUGCUGCCUGGGACUCUGCUGCCUCCUAAGCCUGAACCUCGCAGAAGAAAACCUCGAACUAUUCCUCCACUGCUUCAACAAAGGACAUCCGGCUCUGCAAACAGCCGCGUUGCAAAUUAUCGGCGAUGUCCUCGUCACACAUCCUACCCUCCUCACCACCCCAGCCCCAGCAGCAGAAGGCGAAACAACGAUCGGCGCCACCUCAGUCGAGACCGCACAAGGACAAAAGGAGAACGCCCUCCUAAAACCCGUCCUCAAAGCCUUCACAAGGAGCUUGAAAGCCACAGACCCCACCGUCCAAUCCACCGGCGCCGUCGCCCUAUCCAAAACCAUGCUCGCCCGCCUCAUCACCUCUCCCGACCUCCUCAAACACCUCAUCCUCUGCUUCUUCGACCCCGACACGGCUUCCAAUGCCCAACUUCGACAGAGUCUAUCUUACUUCUUACCCGUGUACGCGCAUUCCCGGGCCGAGAAUGCAGAGCGCGUGGCCAGUGUUGCUGUGAGCGUUAUUGCCAAACUGGCGACUUUGAGGGAGGCGCUGAUGGAUGAGGCGGAGGCGGAUUCGGGAAAUGAGGGUGAGGGAGCAGGGGCGAUGGUGAAGCUUUCGGUUGUUGGGGGGAUGUUGGUCGAUUGGACGGAUCCGCGGCAUGUCGUAGGCUUCAGCCCAAGCACGAAAGGGAGUCCGGCAGCUCAGGGGGCAGGGGAUUUGCAUUUCGCCCUGGCGGAACAUAUUCUCGAACGCCUCGUUACGAGCCAAGUCAGCAAAGAGGAGAAAAGAGUCCUCUUCUCCAUGCUCGGGAAAUUACAUUUACCUGCUGCUAGCUGUGGACCCGAACGGCUGAAAAGUGUCCUGGAAUUAGUGCAGGAGAGCAUUGAUUCCCGUGUCGCGACGGAAGUCACACUCAAUAAACUGUUGACGAAAAUGAGGGAUUUGUUAAUCGCGAUGAUGAAUGCGGUUAUGGCCGCUGAGAGGGGAGGUGGAGGGGCAGAGGAGACGGUGGUGGAGAGUACGGAAUUUGUCGAAAAUGACCCUACCACGGCUGAGCAGACGACUGGGGCUGGUGCUGUGGCGGAUGAGUUCUCCGAACUGUCGGUUGACGAGAAGACUGUGGUGCCGGGGGUUGAGACUACGGCUUUGGCUACUGGAGAGGUUGAGGAGGGAGAUGAGCUUGAUGAUGAGACGACGAUGCUUCAGCGGACGGAUGCUGUGGGGAGGGAUACGACGAUUGGGGCGCCGGACGCUGAGGGUACGAGGGUGGUGCUUGGGGUGGGGGAUACGGAGUUGUUGUAUAGUGAUGAAGAAGAGAUAGAGGAUGAGUUGAGUUUGUGA